AUGGGAUUCGGAUUUGAAGCUUUAAGUGAUGGGGUCAGUUCUCUUAUGAGCAAUUUAAAAAGUCAAGGCAAAAUUCAGAAAAAACAAUUUUCAAUUUAUCUAAAUGAAGCAAAUAGCGACUCAGAUUUGCUUAAUCUGGGAAAUUCAAACAUGAUGAUUGAUGGAUAUGACAUCUCAAAAUACUCAUCAGAUGAUACCUUUACCUAUAUUAAUCUAAUUGCUGACUCAGGAUAUUGGGAAGUGCCUUGCGAUUCGAUGAGUUUUGGUGGAAUAUCAUACUUUGGAGGAGUGAGUGCUAUUAUUGACACUGGGUCUAGUUUUAUAACAGGCCCUAAGAACGAUAUUUAUCAAAUAUUAAAUACUCUAUAUGAUUAUUACUAUUGCAAAGUGAAUGUGUAUAACGAAGUUUAUUGCGACUGCAGCAAAUCUUAUCCUACAUUGAUUUUUAAGCUAUCAGGGAAUAUAUUUGCUCUAAAGCAAAGUGAUUACUUUGAAGUCUUUGCAGGAUAUUGCUAUCCUAUAUUUUAUUAUGCUACUGGAUUAAAUUCUUGAAUACUAGGGGAUAACUUUAUAACUCCCCCCCCCUCCGUGAGUGAACACAAAAAUUUUUGUUUACUCACAGAGGGGGGGUUAAUGUUUUUUUUUGUAAAAAAAAUUUAUAUAUCAAUUUUUUUAAAAAAUAUUUUUUUUCGAAAUUUAAAAAAAUCCUAAUUCGCAAAAAUUGGAUACAAAUAUUAAUUUAAUUUAUAAAAUUUAUGUUUUAAAACGCAAUUUGUUUAAAAUUAAACAGAAUUAGCACUAGAUUUCAUUAUGCUAAUUAUCACUUAUAUAUCAAAAUAUUUUUCCAUAAAACAUUUUUCUAUUAACCCCCCCCCCCCCCUCCGUGAGUGAACAAAAAAAUUUUGUUCACUCAUGGAGGGGGGUUAAUUUUUUUUUUUUAAAAAAUUUUAUAUAUAAAUUUUCUAAAAAAUUUUUUUUUUGAAAUUUAAAAAAAAUCCUAAUUUGCAAAAAUUUGAAAGCAAAUAUUAAUUUAAUUUAUAAAAUUUAUGUUUUAAAAUGCAAUUAAUUUAAAAUUAAACAGAAUUAGCACUAGAUUUCAUUAUAUUAAUUAUCAUUUAUAUAUCAAAAUUUUUUUCCAUAAAAAAAUUUUCUAUUAAAAAAAUUUUUGUUCACUCACGGAGGGUGGGUUUUUGGGCAAAAAAUGGCGAUUUUUCUAAUGGUUUUGUUCACUCACGGAGGGGGGGGGGGAGUAAGAAAAUUUUUGUUAACUCACGGAGGAUGGGUUUUGGGCAAAAAAUAGCGAUUUUUCUAAUGGUUUUGUUCACUCACGGAGGGGGGGAGUAAGAAGAUUUUACAUUAAUUUUGACAUGGAUGGCAGAAGAAUCGGCUUCGCUAAUAUUCGAACAAGCCAAGACAGUGGCGGAUCAAGUAGUGGGAAUAGCGGAGGUGGAGAUUCUAAUAAUGAUGGAGAUGGAUCUGGAAGCGAUCAAGAUUCCACAGGCAACGAAGAUACUGGCGAUAGCUCGGGAAGCUUUGCUGUAUGGAAAAUUGCUCUCAUUGUAGUGCUACCUACUGUUGCUAUAAUUGCUCUUGCAACUGCAAUCGGAAUUAAAAUAUAUAAAAAUAAAACAAGAGGAAAACCUGCUAGAGAAAUAACAAGUUCAUCUGGAACAGAAAAAGAAUUAAAAAAUAAACCAAGCAUCACCUCUCAUGCUUGUCAAAACGAUAAUGAAACAAAAUAUAUCAGCAAAAUAAGCAAUAGCGAAGAUAUAUCUGGUGCUAAAGCAAACAAUAAAAAUGAGGAAGCUAAAAAUAUAGAAAAAGCUGAGAAUAUAUCUGAAGAAAGCAAAGAAGAAGAAUCUGAUCGCUCAGCUAGUGAAUCAAAUAAAUAA